GCUUUGUUUGGUCUCGUUCCUGCCAGUUGUUGGGUUGGGUGUGAGAAAGUAGCUACGUGAUAUAGCCUGAGCGUUGUGUACGGUGGACAGCGUCUGUUUACAGAUGAGUCACCCGGGCUGUUUGAAGAUCACAACUCUUUCUCUCCUCUGUUCCUUCUCAGGGUCUUUUGUAAGCAUCCGGCGCAUCCACCAUUGAAUGGGAAAGGCAGGUUGUGACCGGAAUCGUACUCUUGCUGUGCCCAGACCCUUACAUCACUCUGGAGAGGAGGAGACAAGAAUGCCAGUCUGGAAAGCUCCAGGAGUGAAGAAGCAAGAAGCAACCCUCCAAAUUAAUCACUUUUAUGUCAUCUUUUCAUCCCUUCACAUAAACAAGGGACGAGUGCGAGAGACAUAAAAAAGAGAGAGAAAGAGUGAACAAAAAGCAGUGAACAAGCUCUCCGUCUUUCUUCUGGAAAACUUGGCCUGCUAAGAACAGUGGGCAUUGGAUGAAAGCGUGUGUGCCGGGCACGCCUAUGUUUGUUGUGAGACAGUAGACGAGAGGAGAAGAGAGGGGGAGGGAGUUGCUACUGUAGCCAGUCCCGCCUUUGUUUCUGUGUGUUGGUGUGUGCGCGCACAGUUCAGUCAUAAGCAGAGAAAAACAAAGAGGGAGCACCUAACCUUGUGAGGCUUGUCGGAUGGAGCAGGGAGAACAGCCUUCUCCUUCAGAUCCUCCAGUUUAUCCUCCUUUCUCACCCUGCGGAGUGUGAACCAAACAACGUUGUCUUGAGUCUGCUUAGACUCAAGCGCCUGUAAACGCCAGUCCUGCGGCUCCGUGUGACUUCUGCUACGCUCCUGCUGCGGAUCACCAGUCAUCCACAGUCGCUGCGCUGCGCUCUGCACUGCCUGUUGUGCACUGCUUGCUCCUCGUCCAGUUAACCAGCGAGGGUAGAGGAGAAAGCAGCCGAGGCAGUAAUUGAGGAGGCUUACGAAAGACAAGAUGGGAGUCCUGCUUUGCAGCUUGCUGGUACUGGCGCUUGUCUGUCAAAGCCAUAGCUCCGAUAGCUCUCUCCACAGGUUUAAAAGGUACCAGGAGGGCCCCCAGUCAGGCCCUAGUGAUUGCACCAGGGGUAUCCAGCCCCCUGUGGUCAUGGCCAACUCCCACAACUUUUCCUUGGAUGUCCGCAUGCCCGGAGUCAGCCCCACAACGUCCGAUUCCUAUUUAUGUGUGGCGGUGCCAGUUCCGACAAGCAGGGAUGCUUAUAUAGUGGACUUUGUGCCUCAUGCCAGUAUGGACACGGCUCACCACAUGUUGCUGUAUGGCUGCCGGACCCCAGUCUCAACUACCGGCUACUGGGACUGUGGGAGUGCCCAGGGCACCUGUGAGGAUGAUGGUGCCAUCAUGUAUGCCUGGGCCCGCAACGCUCCGCCCACAAAAUUGCCUAGAGAUGUGGGGUUUAAAGUCGGAGGAAAGUCAAAGAUCACAUACUUCGUAUUGCAGAUCCAUUACGGGGAUAUCAGUGCUUUUAGAGACCACCAUAAAGACUGCUCAGGACUUACAUUAAGAAUGACUUCCAAACCACAGCCCUUCAUUGCUGGCAUGUAUCUGAUGAUGUCUGUGGAUACUGUCAUCCCUCCAGGCAGUAGAGUUACCAACGCUGAUAUUGCUUGCGAAUAUGAUUCAUAUCCAAUGUACCCAUUUGCCUUCAGGACCCACACACAUCGUCUCGGUCAGGUCGUCAGUGGAUACAGGAUUCGAGAUGGAAAGUGGACUCUGAUUGGACGGCAGUCGCCACAGUUGCCACAAGCGUUCUAUGCGGCCACCCAGGGCGUUGAUGUCAGGUAUGGAGACACGAUUGCUUCCCGAUGCGUGUUCACCGGAGAGGGGAGGACCUCAAAAACUUACAUCGGGGGUACCUCCAAUGACGAGAUGUGUAACUUCUACAUCAUGUACUACAUGGACAACAAGCAUGCAGACCCCUUCAUGGACUGCAUGCAGGAUGGCUCCAAAGAGCUGUUCCGCCAUAUUCCGUCAGAAGCCAACGUUCCUAUUCCUGUCAGUCCAGACAACAUGAUGACUAUGAUGCACUCGGGACACCAUGCAACAGGUCAUCAAGAUGACAUGACACUAUUGGAGCCAAAGAGAGCAGAGGAGGAGAUCCUGGAUCAGGGGUACCACCUGGAGGAGGUGAUGGACUGGCCGGAAAACCCACUACAACUGGGUCAGGUGUCUGGUCUUGCCCUUGACUCAGAUAAUAACCUUGUCAUCUUCCAAAGAGGAGACCACCAAUGGGGUGUCAACUCCUUUGACAACCAGGCCAGAUACCAACAACGUUCCCUUGGUCCUAUCCAACAAUCCACCAUUCUAGUCAUAGAUCCUGUCAAGGGCAAUGUCCUCAAGGCCUCCGGACGAAACAUAUUUUACUUGCCUCAUGGAAUAACUACAGAUGCACAUAAUAAUUACUGGGUGACUGAUGUGGCCCUUCAUCAGGUGUUCAAAGUGGGAAACAAGGGCAAGGACAAGCCCCUGGUGGUUCUGGGUGAAGCCUUUGAACCAGGAAGUGAUAAAGAGCACUUCUGCAAGCCCACUGAUGUAGCUGUCGAUACCAUGACCGGAAAUGUCUACAUAUCUGAUGGAUACUGCAAUGCCAGGGUUCUCAAGUUCUCACCAGAGGGCAAAUACCUUUCGCACUGGGGAGCAGGUUCGUCUGACAGACGGAGGAGGCUCCCAUUCCGGAUCCCCCACAGUCUGGCCUUCCUGCCCGACAGACGGGAGCUGUGUGUGGCUGAUCGGGAGAAUGGCCGUAUUCAGUGCUUUGUAGCUGAAUCCGGGGAAUUUGUCAAGGAGAUCAAGAAGGAAGAAUUUGGUGAAGAAGUGUUUGCUAUCGCUUACACGCCGGCUCAUGGUGGUCUGAUUUAUGCUGUGAAUGGGGAAUCACCAUAUGGACGCUCAGCUCCUCUCAGCGGUUUUGUGAUAAACUAUUCAUCCAAAGAGAUCCUGGACACAUACAGCCCAGACUCUCAGGAGUUUAAGAUGCCUCAUGAUAUAGUUGUGAACAAAGACGGUGCUGUCUUUGUUGGUGAUGCAGCCUCAGACUCAGUAAUAAAGUUUACUUCUGAAAAAGCUGAACAUCGUUCUGUUAAGAAAGGUGGAAUCGAAGUACAAGAAAUAGAAGAAACGGAGACCUUCGUCCAGACCAACCUGAAGCCUGUACACACGGUGUCCUUUCAUGUGGCAGUGGCCAGUCAACAGAAGCCCCCAGAGGUCCUCACCCAGGAACACCACCAUGCCCCUGAGUCACCUCCACCCCCCAAAUCCCAGCAGCAGCAGACCCAUGAGGAGGAUAAGCAGAAGGUCAAGACCAUAGCCAAACAGAGUGCCCGGGGAGUGUCCCCGGCUGUCAUUAGCACCCUCCUGCUCAUCCCAGUGGUGGUGGUCAUCUCCAUUGGGCUGUUUAUCCGCUGGAGGAAGAGCAGGAUGUAUGGAGAUGGGUGUGAGGUGAAACUGGAACCCAACUCUGCUGGAGGAAUCUUGGGAAAACUCAGAGGCAAAGCAGCUGGCAGUCUAAACCUGGGCAACUUCUUUGCCACUCACAAGGGCUACAGCAGGCAAGGCUUUGAUCGCCUCAGCACAGAGGGCAGCGACCAGGAGAAGGAUGAUGAGGACGCCACAGACUCAGAGAACGAGGAGUACUCUGCCCCACCUCCGCCCGUCCCUUCUUCCACCUCCUAAGACCCCUUGGUGUCUUCUAAACCAAUGCCUGCCCUUGCACCCGCACACUGACUAACUCUCUCCGCUCAUGCUCCCAGGAUGUACUUUAAUUGUAUAUUUAACAGUUUUGUGUUGGCUGCCAAUCUUUCUUUCUUUUUUGCGCGCGGAAACAUACUACUUUCCCAAGUAUAUUGUGUAACUGUCAUUAUUUAUACAUGUAAGUUAUCUGGACCAGAUUUGAGUUGAGUACUAUUAGAAAUCAGAAAAGUUAUAUAGAAUAUAAUUUUAACAGGAGACAAGAAAGCAAGAAUACUUUUAUUUUUAUAAUGAUUUUUUCUGAUAGGAGAGUUUUCAUCCACAUACCUAAUCAGCUAAAUGUUAUUCAGUUUUUAUCCUUUUAGGAUUUUAUACUUUGGUUCACAAUAUUUAAAUUCCACUUUUAUCUGUACAUUUGUGCCUUUUUAAUUAAGUACUUUGCCUUUCUGCAGCACCAAUUAUUAGAAACGUGCCACAUAAUGGAAAGAGCUGCUGCUAGUGUCACAUGUACGUUUUAUUGUAUUGCAUUCAAUUGAAAGGAAAAAAAGAUUAUUAUCCUGUAUAUCUAAAGCUGUAUUUAUGAGAUUUUACAAUCAGAUGUGAGCUGUGUCUGAUAUUUAUUGUGACAUACUGAGGUUUUAUUGCAAGAAUACUAUUUUCAGUAAUAAUGUUAUUUGUGUAAUAAAGUGUCUGCAAAGCA